AUGUUUGGCAGACAGUUAUAUCAACAGAAGUUCGGCACGGCGAUGGGUAGCCCCGUAUCUCAAAUCGUUGCCAACUUAUACAUGGAAGAUUUAGAACAGACAGCCAUCAAUACAGCGUCUGAACAUAUCAAACCCAGAUUUUGGAAACGCUAUGUAGAUGACAUUCUGGCGGUGGUUACCAAGGGAUCCACACGCAUCCUCGAUGAUCAUCUCAACUCAAUACAUACGUCCGGCAACAUACAAUUCACCUCUGAAGUAAUGGGAAACAACAGCAUUCCUUUCCUAGACACGAAGAUUGUGAGCAGAAAAGAUGGUACGAUUAAAACCGUGGUCUACCGGAAGAAGACCCAUACCAAUCAAUAUCUGAACUUUCAGUUUCACCACCCGAUAAUUCACAAACUGGGAGUCGUCCGCACACUACUUGAUAGAGCGAACACCGUUGUAACGGAACCGGAAGAUUUACGCGCCGAGGAACUUGAGAUUCGACACGCACUUCGAAAUUGCGGCUACCCAAACUGGACAAUUGAAGACACAAAACGGAAAAUAGAAAUAAAAGUUACCAACAACAAAUUGAAAAAGAAGGGGAACGACUUGAAAACGAAAAAUAGGGGGUUGGUUAUCAUUCCAUACAUCAAGGGCAUGUCCGAGAGGUUAGCCCGCACUAAGGACAUUCAACAUCUCUUCAGCUUUCAAACCCCACAAGACCAUCAGGAACGUCUUAGUUCAUUCCAAGGAUAA